GUAGACGACUGGGACGGCCCGCUGAACCGAGGGCGCCCGUUUCGCUUUGGGCGCAUACUGCCCAGAGCAUGUUAAAAGAGAUGGAUUGCGGAGUGACUGGUGUUGUACCUUGAGACGUCAUUGAGGCUGUUUCUGAUCAUAAUUACUUGCAGUCAACAACAUGAAGUUCCGCGAUGGUAUGUGGUUGGUGAGCGAUCAGUUCACAGUCCAGCAUGCGGAAGAGGUCUACUCUGUCACGCCAUCGGAAGACAAGAAGUCUGUGACACUUUUGGCACCUACGAAGAAGAUUUUCUCUCGAGGCGAUACUCUCAACCUCGCUACUCUUUCUGUAGAGUUAGAGGCCCAAUUCGAUGGUGUGAUAUCCCUCGAGGUCACUCAUCACGCUGGCGUUCGGCGACUAGGACCCAACUUCGAUCUAUUCCCUGACGGUCGACCUGAGUCGAUCGGAGAAAUUAGCAAAGGUACUGGCGGAAAGGGCACCACGAUCACGUCGGGUUCGUUGAGUGCCACCAUCAGUGGGAAGGACCAUACAUUCGACAUCAAGUUUCACGCCACGGAUAAUUCGAAACACCUGACCUCCUUGCUCCACCGCAGUGUUGGUCUUGGAUACUCACCUGGCUUGACUACACCCAAGCAGGUCGAAGACCUAAGCGCGCACAAGCAUUACGUUUUCACACAGACGGAGCUCAGUGUUGGUGAAUCCAUUCACGGCCUGGGCGAGAGAUUUGGCGCUUGGAACAAGAUUGGGCAGAACGUUGAGGUAUGGAACGAAGACGGCGGUACAUCCAGCGAGCAGGCUUACAAGAACGUGUCUUUCUGGCUAAGCUCAAGGGGCUAUGGCGUCUUUAUCGACACGCCGGACAAGAUCGAUUUGGAAAUUGGAUCUGAGCGUUGUUCGAGACUGCAGACGACAGUUGAAGGCCAGCGACUGAAAUGGUAUCUCAUUUACGGGCCAACGCCCAAGGAAGUUUUGACUAAGUAUUCGAUCCUGACUGGUAAAGCAAAUCGAGUUCCCGCAUGGUCUUACGGUCUUUGGCUCAGCACGUCUUUCACCACCUCAUACGACGAAGACACCGUCAAUCACUUUGUUUCACGUAUGGCCGAGUCCAAGAUUCCAGUCGAAGUUUUCCACUUUGAUUGUUUCUGGCUUCGCGCGUUCCACUGGUGUGACUUCGUGUGGGAUCCAGAAUACUUCCCGGACGCGAAAGGGCAGAUUCAACGCGGAAAGGAAGCUGGUCUCUUCAACAAAGUCUCGGUUUGGACCAAUCCGUACGUUGGACAAGCUAGCCCAGUUUUCAAGUAUGCGGCUGAGAAGGGUUAUCUACUCAAGAAGAAAAAUGGUGAUGUCUGGCAAUGGGACUUGUGGCAAACAGGCAUGGGUAUAGUCGAUUUCACGAACCCGGAGGCUUGUGAGUGGUUUAGCGGGUGUAUGGAAAAGCUUUUCGACAUGGGAGUAGACUCGAUCAAGACUGACUUCGGAGAACGUAUCCCGACGAAGAACGUCCAAUGGCACGACGCAAGCGUCGACCCCAACCGCAUGCACAACUACUACGCUUUCAUAUACAACAAACUGGUAUACGAAGCUGUACAAAAUCGAUUCGGCAAGAACGAGGCUAUCUUAUUUGCACGCACUGCAUGUGCAGGCUCUCAACGCUUUCCACUUCAAUGGGGGGGUGACUGCGAGUCUACCCCUGCUGCACUCGCUGAGUCAGUACGUGGAGGGCUAAGUCUUGGCCUGGCGUCGUUUGCAUUCUGGACAAGUGACAUUGGUGGUUUCGAAGGCAGUCCACCCCCGUGGAUUUACAAACGUUGGGUUGCCUUCGGUCUACUAAAUUCUCACAGCCGAUUGCACGGAUCCAAUUCCUACCGCGUGCCUUGGCUGGUUGAUGACUCUUCAACAGAGCCAGAGAAUUGCACGGAGGUUCUUCGAUACUGGGUGCAACUCAAGCGACGACUGAUGCCGUAUCUGUACGCUCAGUCUAUCGAGAGCGUUGCAAAUGGCUGGCCCACUAGUCUGCGUGCAGUCGCUCUCGAGUUUCCUGACGACCCGACGUCAUGGUACUGCGAUCGCGAGUUCAUGGUCGGUAGUCAGCUUCUGGCCGCCCCUGUCUUUGAGGAAGAUGGUAGCGCCGAAUACUACCUGCCACCAGGUCGAUGGUUCAGCUUCUGGGAUGGGAAGGAGACACAAGGCGGGAGAUGGGUUCGGGAGAGCUACGGUUUCCUGCAAACACCGCUGUUCGUGCGUGAAGGAUCCGUGAUAGUCCUUGGGCAAGCAGAAGGUCCCGACGGAUUCGGCUACGAUUGGCUAAGCUGUGGAGGUGAAGUGCGUCUGUACGGCGUCAAGGAAGGUGACAAAACAGUACUUGUGGAUACGAACGGUGAUGAGAAAGGCCUUCUAGAGGUUGAUGCGAAAGGUGAGCUGAGCGGUCUCGAUACCUUGAAGGGUGAUUGGAAGGUUUCGAAACUUGGUUAGGGUAGCGGGCCGCCUGCGACGGAUGUUUUGCCACAAACAGGACACGGAGACGGGGAAUACACAAGUGAAUGACUACAAUGGGUAAAGCACGUAGAGCCGCAGAAUGGGGUGCUGAUGGCAAUGUCUUGUAGGCAUGCAACGUUACUUCAAUAUAGCCGCCGGUUAUUGAUGCAGCGAGUGAGCGGGGACGCAUGGCGCCUGUCGUCAAUUGGCGGGAAAUCAAGC